AUGACAGAAAACCAAGUAGAAGAAGGAAAAUCUCCGUUUCAAGGAGAAGAUAUAUCUCCAGAGAAAGAUGGAGGUUUAGUCAAAGAAAUCGUUCGUCAAGGUAAUGGUGAUGAUAAACCAGCGUUUGACGAUCAAGUGACGAUUCAUUAUGUUGGAAGCGAACUUGAUGGAAAAGUUUUCAGUGAUAGCCGAGAACGCGAUGAGAAAGUUACUUUCAAUCUCGGCAAAAAUGAAGUCAUACCAGCGUGGGAUCUUGGCGCUGCGAGCAUGAAGCGUGGAGAGAUUGCUCGAUUUUUCGCUCGACCAAAAUAUGCUUAUGGUUUGAAAGGAGAGAAAAAGUAUCGUUCCGCGACUAGUGUCAUCUUUGAAAUUGAAUUGUUAGAUUUCGUUGGCAAAGAUAUCAGUGACGAAAAAGAUGGAAGUAUCAUCCGACGAAUCCUUCAUCGUGGUGUAGGACGUGAAUUACCGAACGAAGAUGCAACGGUAGACGUUCGUUUGAAAGGAACUUAUCAAGAUAAAAUCUUUGAUGACCGGACAGUUCAAUUCGUGAUGGGACUAGGUUUUCUGAAACAGAUACCUUUGAGUAUCGAACAUGCUGUUUACAAAAUGCUUCGUAACGAGAAAUGUCAACUGCUACUGAAAGGAAAAGCAUUACAAGGUUUAGAUCAAAUUUCUGUUUCAGCAGAUGGCUUAGUUCAAUAUGAAAUAACAUUACUUAACCUUGAACGGUUGGAUUCAGAACAGAUAUUAACAGAUAAAGGAAAACUUCUCCAAUCUGAACUAUUGAAAUCUCGUGCUGACGAUCUUGUCAAAAAAGGGCAUUAUCAGCACGCGUUGAAACGGUAUCAAAUGAUCACUCGUCUUCUUGCAUCAGUUACAUAUCCAGAUAAAGACGACCGAAUCAAGUCACGACAAGUGCGAAUCGCUGCACAGUCCAAUAUCGCAUUGUGCUAUCUCAAAUUAAACGAUUAUCUUCAAUGUAAGACUGCAUGUGACCAAACGUUAGCAUUGGAUGCGAAAAACGAAAAGUCUCUGUUUCGUCGCGGUCAAUGCCAUUUAACAUUCAGGAAUUUCGAGCAAGCAAAGAAAGAUUUCGAAGCAGUCAUCAAAAUCAAUCCGUCGAAUGUUGCUGCUGAACAACAAAUCGAGCAAUGUGAACAACAACGUAAACAGCAUGAAGCGAAGCAUAAAGAGUCGUAUCAGAGUUUUUUCAACGACUCGUCUCGGGCGAGCCUGUUUGAAGUGGAUGAAAAAUAUGAACAAGUAAAGAACAAAAUGCAAGAGAAAAAUGCGCUGAAAUCUCUUGGACUCGAGCCAAUUAGUCUCGAAUCUCUCGGUAUUCAUCCUCCGAAGCCACCACAACGAUAA